AUUAUGUAUUAUAAAAUUACAUCUAAAUAUGGCGUCUAGUAUCAGCUGUUCAUUUGAUACAAAUCAGCUGUGUUUGGCGUUAAACAACUAAGAUAAUAACAACAUAUGUAGCAGAUGUUUGCUGUAUUGACUUCCCGCUGCACUACAGUACAAAUAAGAUAUAAACCAUAAGGAUAAAAAAUGGAUGUAGUGACAAAAGAGUUGCUUGUACCUACAAAGUAUAUAAAAGUAAUAGAUGGUAGAAUUUGUUUAACUAUCAACAGAAACUGGUUAACCAAUUUAGUUAAUAUAAGACCAGUUUCUUUUAUUUACCAUGAACGAUUAAGUGAAGAUGAAAUUGCAGCUCAUCCUACACUCGAAGAUUUGGGUCCAGAUUGGAUAAGAAUAUAUGUCAAAGUUUAUGAAAAACAACAUAAAUAUGCUGUUCCAUUGCCAAGAGGAAGGAAUAUAAAUGGAAAUACUCAUGCAGAUCUGACAUAUUCACAAUUAAUGCACUAUGUUGCAGAAACUAAUUAUCGAAAUUUAUGGAAAGAAUGUUACAAAAAAUAUUAUAGUCCAUGGAAUUGCAUAGAACAUAAAGAACAAUACAAUAUAACUGCUAAUGUAAGUGAUACAUGGAUUAUGCAAGAAGUAUUACAGAAAAUGUAUGGUUGUACUUUAGUACAAAUACAAAAUGGAUCAGUAGUAUCUGUAUUGCCUGGUAUAUCAACUGAAGUACAUUGUAAUCUCCUUCCAAUAUUAUUUGCUAUUGAAACUACAUCUGCUUUUUUUACAUUACAUGAGCAAACUGCAGAAUAUUCUCUUCGCGAGUGUGUAAUGUACAGUCCUGCUGCAUUAAAUAUGAGUCAUGGAAAACCAUUGUUUUUAAUAUAUCAAUUAUUACAAUUAUCUAGAGACUUACAUGACCGGGGUUUAGUAUUAGGUGAAAUUACUCUUAGUGAUAUAUUACUUAUGGAUAAUUUUACUAUACAGGUGUUACCAAAAGUAAGUGACAAUAUAUAUAUAAAACCUGAAAAUGAACAUUCCAAAGUUUCUAGUCAAGAAAUUAAGACAAAAAAUUUUAAUGGAUGUAGAAAAAAUUUCGAUACAAUUCCAUCAAAUUCUACAUUACAAGAAAAUUCCAAAUUUGGAAUGAAUGAAAAUAUUGAAAAAUUAUGUGAAAUGUGGGUGUAUAAUUGUAUUAGUAAUUAUGAUUAUUUAACUGCAUUGAAUAAUUUGGCUGGUAGGAGAUAUGGUGAUCCAAGUUGUCAUCAUGUUAUGCCUUGGGUCACAGAUUUUACAUCAAGAUGUGGUGGUAAUUGGAGAGAUUUAACAAAAUCCAAAUUUCGAUUAAACAAAGGCGACAGACAAUUAGAUUUAACUUUUGAUUCACAGUCAAGUGAAGUGGGACAUCACGUGUCAGAUGUAUUAUCAGAAAUUACAUAUUACGUUUAUCUUUCUCGUCGCUAUAAUAAAUCUGUCCUCUGUAAAUAUGUACGACCGCAAUGGGUACCAGGAGAGUAUCCUGCCUCAAUACAGAGAUUACAUGAUUGGAGUCCAGAUGAAUGUAUACCACAAUUUUUUUCUGAUCCCAAAUCCAUUCAUGAAGAUUUACCAGAUUUAGAAAUUCCUGGAUGGGCUACAUCUCCAGAAGAUUUUAUUGAAAGACAUAGAGAGGCUUUAGAAAGUUUUCAUGUUUCUGAAAGAUUACAUCAUUGGAUAGAUUUAACUUUUGGUUACAAACUAUCUGGUUCAGCAGCAAUAAAAUCUAAAAACGUUUGUUUACAACUUGUUGACAAUCACACUAGUUUAACCAAUUCUGGUAUUGUCCAAUUAUUUAUACAACCACAUCCUCAAAAAAUUAUACCUUCACCUUAUUGGUGUAAAAUUCCACCUCGACUACGGUUAUCUUUCUUAAUCAAUAAGUAUAGAAACGAUCAGUCUGGUAAUAGAACAAGUGAUGAUGAAGGUCACAGUUCUGGAUUUGAAGAAGAAGAAUUACCAGCAUCAAUUAUAAAUACAUCAAGAUCAUCUCCUCUGGUUUUAAGUCGAUUGUUAAGUCGUUCUCGAGGUUCUUUACUUGCUACUGAAGACAAUGCUAAACAAGAUAAAUCUACAAGCCAAACGAUAAUUCUUCCGAAAGAUUAUAAUCCUGUUGCAGCUAUCAUGCAUGUAGAAACUAUGCAUGCAUUUGUGAAUAAAGUAAGCUCUCAAGUUUAUAAACCACAAUUUGAAUUACACGAAUCAUUCACAAACUAUAAACAAAUUGUGGCUAGUGGACGUAUUAAGGAACAACAAAUACUCGGUUGUUUAAUUGUGGAAAUAUUUUUAUCUAAUAAAUUUCGAGCAACAUGGAAUGUCGAAAAAGUAACAUUUGCAAAAAGACUUGCUACAUGCCUAAAUAUCUUGAAGACGUCAGCUGAUAGUUUACCUAAAUGUGUAAGAAAUGCUGUUGCUUUAUUGCUUCAAGUUGAUAUUAUACCAAACAGUUACAAUAUUGAUAAUAUAGAAAAAUGUUACAAGAGUAUAAUAGUUUAGUUCGCGAAUUAAAUUUUAUAAUGAAGUCUGAAGAAGAUAUAGAUUUUACAUUUAAGACAAAAAUAAUAUUCCUUUGUAAAAUCAGUGAAUGUAAAGUUAAAGCAAUUGCAAGGGAAUUAGAGCAUUUAUUAUACCAUACUGGAAUUGCAAGGGAAGCAUAUUUAGAAUUAAUAAUGCCUCAUAUACAACAAAUAAUGGAAGAACCUUAUAGUGCUGUUUUAGCUGCUUGGCAUUUAUUUGAUCCUAUUGCUAAGGCAUUAGGUCCUCGAGAUACUGCACAAACAUUCCUUCUAUCAAUUAUGAAGUUAUAUGAAAAUGGUUCCUUUAUGGAUAACUUUCCUCAUGCUGAUAUUCUUGCUUCAGCAUUAAUAGCAAAAUUUAAAACUACACGUUUAUAUCAUAGAAAUUUCUUGCUUAAACUUAUGGUAAGAUUGGGUUUACGACGAUUUUUGGAAAAUUUUAUUGCACCUCUUGUAGAAGCAGUUGGAGGAUAUAGAGAUUAUAUGCAAGGAUCUUCAACAUACACUCAUAAAACUGGCAAUCUUAAGAGUUGUGAUUUAAGUGGAAUGUGUAACGAAGGAGAAGGAAUCUUGUCUCCUUUAGAUGAGGAUUUUUCUGUAGAUUCAGAUCAUAAUAUUGUUUUAUCACCUGGGCCCGUAACUAGUGAUUAUACACGUGAUAUAAAUUCAACUGACAAUGAUACCGAAGAAGUGUUCACAAUGGAAGCAGAAGAAAAUUCUUGGAUAUCUUUAAAUUCUGCUACGACAUAUGAUAUUGAUUUAAAUGUUGAUCUGAGUUUGAAUUUGACUGAUGAUUUAAAUGAAGAUGGUAGUAAAAUAUCACCAUUGAAAUCCGUUAAGUCGCCAACAAUUCCUAUACCAAAAACAUCCAAUUCUUCUAGUAAAUCUUUAACGGAGUUUAGCAAUAUUGGUUGUCAUGUUGGAAGUAGAACUUCCAAUGAUGAAUUUACUUAUGGUGGAUUUAGCCAUUCUACUAAUACGUCUGAGGAAAUGUUUACUAUAGGAACUGAAGAACAAAAUUCUGUAACAUUACAAACAGAUGAUACUAAAUCUAGCACUGCAGAAUAUGAAAGUAUUCAAUUAGAUCAUAUUUAUCAAAAAUCUACAUCAAAUGAGUGUACAACUUCUGAAAUGAGUACUGAAUCUAUUAUCUGGUUAUCUCAUCGACUUGGUCCUGUACUUACUGCUCGAUAUUUAUCUCGAAACUUGUUGAGAAUGCUUACAUUAUGUUAUACUGGAAAAGAAAACUUAACAAUAACCAAUGAUACCUUUUUAUCUAUUGAAGGUAUUCCUUGGAACAAAAAAGUUUUACUUGGUGAUCGUAAUGCUAACAAAGUUUUGGAAUGCCUCGCAGCUAUUGCAGGCCUGUAUGGAGAACAAAUUAUAGUAUUGCAGUAUUUUGCACAUAUGGUAGAACUUCUAGCGCUUUGUAAAAGAAAAUUAACACAAAAUUUGGAAGGAGGGCUUAUUUCAUGUUUGACCCUUUUAAAUUAUAUUACACCAUAUCUUAGUGAUGCAGUUUUGAUGGAUGUACUUCAUGAACCAAUCGUAAAAGCAAUAUUGUAUCCUACAGUUCGUAUAUUAUCAUCUACAAGAUUUACUUUUCCUAAUGGUACAAUUGCACGUUCAAUAAUGGCAGAAAAAUGUUUAGAAACUUUGUUUAUGUUCAGUUUACGACUGGGUAGCGUUAUUACAAGAAAUCAUCUUGCUGUACCUAUUCAACGAUUUUUUUUAGCAUUUGAUAAAUCAUUUAAUCAAGAUGUUACAGAAAAUGUUAAGGAUGAAAUUAGCCAAAAAACAAUAAGUGAGCAUUUUACAAGGAUAAAAGUUUUAAGUGAAGAUAAUAGAGAUACUCUUGGACUUCAAACAAAUUUUAAUCAGGAUAUUGCCGAUUCUUAUUCUCCACCAGUUGUAGAAAAUAUGGAUACCUCUGAUUUUCAAAAAAAUAAGGCACUUGAAGAAUUAAAAACUGUAUUUACAACAGAAUUUGCUCAUAAAACAUAUAUGCUCUUCUAUAAAUGUAUUGAUACUGAAGUAAUGGAACAAAUACUUAAAAAUCAUGAACAUAUACGUAAUUUGUGUCAUAAAUAUGAACAAGAAGCAAAAAUAACUUCUAACAUUGAUGAUAACAAAUAUAAUACAUCAUAUAACAAUUAUAACAUGACAGAAAAUACAGAAUUAACAAGUAAUGAUACGGUUAAUUUUGAAAAUAUAUCAGUUGUGGGAAAUAGAUUUGCUAUGCAAAAGAAUGAUGUUGGAGAUCAUGUUACUCAAGAAAAUGUAAUAUCUAAUCGUGAAAUAAGCUGUUCUUUGUCAAGUGGGAGACAGUUACGAGGAAAUUGGUUAGCAUAUUGGGAACAUGAAAUUGGAAGAUCAGAAAAAGAUACAGCAUUUAAUAUAAAACAAAUAAAGCUUCAAACUUUUAGCGGUCACACUAAUAGCGUUAGAUGCCUGUAUGUAUUAGAUAAUGAGAAUAGUUUUAUGAGUGGCGGAAGAGAUAAAACUGUGAAAUUAUGGAGUUUAAGAAGUCAGGGGGAUGGAAACACUGUUUCAUCUUGCCAGUAUACUUAUACUGGACAUAAAAAGUCUAUUCUUGCACUUACAUUCCUAGAAUCUUUGCGAUACGUAGUUACCUGUGAUGGUACAAUUCAUUGCUGGGAUCCUUUUAUGGGUUCCCUUCUUGGGUGCCCAGAGAGCUCACGUCCAGUUCCUGUAAAUACUUUAGCUGCAAGCCCUCCUCCAUGUACCACUUUACUUGUGGGUACAACAGAUAUUACGUUGAGAGUUAUUGAUUGUAGAACAUUUCAAUAUGUAAAUGAAAUGAAAGUACGUACUAUCAUAUUAGAUAUUAUUGUAUCUGUAAAUCCAACAGGCUUGAUCAGAUGUAUUGCAGUAGCACCUAGUGGUUAUUGGGUAGCAUUGGGUCAAGCAUCAGGUUUUCUAACAAUUUUAGAUAUUCGUACUGGUCUUAUUAUUGCAUCUUGGAAAGGUCAUGAAUGUGAAAUAUUACAAUUAGAGGCAAUUAAUGAAACUACAUUGAUUAGUUCUUCAUUAGAUGAAACUAUUGCUGUAUGGAGUGCAUUAGAUGGAAAACUCAAAUUUCAUAUGAAGGGCUCUACAGAACCAGUUCAUUGCAUGACUACAUAUGAACAAGAAUUAGUUAUAGGAACAACGGCAAAUCGGAUAGGAGCUUUUACAUCUAUAGAAACAACAGCUUCAUUUUCAUCAUCAAAAUUAAAAUCUGAUACUUUCAAAGGUCUCCUUACCACAAUGGCGGUUCUUCCUCUUAAUAGAUUAUUGCUAUUAGGUGCAGAUAAUGGGGGAAUAACAGAGCAACAGCUUCAUCAAAUACAGAACCUUCAACUUCUCCUACAUUUUUAGUAAUAUCAUUUCCUUUUAACGUAGCAGUUUCAGCUGCCUCAAAUUGUUGUUUAAAAAAAUAUAAUUGCAAAAAGUGCUGA